AUGGGUGAUCAUCUGAAGCAGGACUCGCAUAUCGACGGCCUUCAGACACAUGUCAAGAAGCGGAGGGAUGAUAUUCCUGGGUUGCGGCUGGUGAUAGACAAAACUUGGCAUGGAAAUCCGACCGAUCAUCGACCAGCCGAGAUCCAACUAGGAUGGAAAUUUGAGAAGAUCCCUAACCGACCUCAUAAACGUGUUGUCACGGUGGAAUUCACGACACCUUUCUACGAUGAUCCCGAACCAGAGAUGAUCCCUGGGAUUACUCCAGAGUUGACCGAUUACGAGUGCAUGAUGCUGAUUUUUGCGAAUGAGAACAAUCACUACUUGGAGGUGAUCGUCGGCCCACAUGGGCACUGGAUCUGCAGGCUCUAUGACGGCAUUGGCAACUGCUUCAACAAUGGCGAAGAGCUAGAGCUGGUGGUUCACAACCAAUGGGUCGGCGGCGAUCUUUGGAAUUGCAGUUUCGAAGUACCUUUGGCCUACUUUCCCGCAAAUAUCUACAAAAUGAACGCCUUCACCCUCCAUGGGCCCGAAGAAGAGCGCGUGAUCGAGGCGUUGCGGCCGGUCAGCGAUGGAAACGAUGAAACACCGGAUUUUCAUAGAAUCGAAUUUUAUAAGAGAAUCGACAAGGCAAAGUUUAUCCCAAUGCCCUACGGCGGAAUCCCGUUCAAGGACUGGAAAUACGGCGAUCUCUGGGAAGGCCAUUAU